GAUAUUUGUAAUUCACACCUCAGGUUGCGACAAGCGCCUUUUUACGCAUCAUUGUUGGCGUCUCACGAGCAAUACACCAUGGACGCCUCCACCCGGCUGUACAAACGACUAGGAGAGAUACCCGAAGAUCCCAACCAUCCGGAUAGUCUGGAUGAUCUUAUUGUCUGCGCGUUCGGCGCAUUUGAGCGAUACUAUCUUUGUUGGAAAACAAAGGGCGGAGAGUACAAACAAGACUGCUAUGGACUUCCACCUGCAUUGAAAGACUGGCUUUAUCCGAUUGACGGUACAACACGCGAUUUCGAAUCCCUCCAAGUGGUUUUUGGUCGUGGUGAAGAGUACUUUGCGUCAGAUAAAAAUGGAAAGCUGGAGUACAAAGAGCCGGAAGUUAGGAAACCAGCACCAGUAGACGAUGAGGAGAAGUAUGAUAAGCAAGCGCUCAGGAGGUCGAGGACGGUUUCUUUUCUACGGCCGUUGUCAGAAACAAGUAUGCGAUCCGACAGUGUUGUGAGCGAGACGAGGCAGAGUAAGAGAUCGAGUUCAAUAAGUUCGCAGCGAACGAGCCGGCCACCUAGCCUAAGCUAUACGAAUUCGAGAACGAACUCUGAAAUAUCGUUACUGGGAGAUACAAUCAUAGAAGGGCAGGCUAGUCAACCCGUGCGCCCUUCGUACCUUUCACAAUGGAGUGCCAUGGGUGCCAACGUCAAAGAAGAAGGCGAACUAUCACCAAAGAACCGAACAGGUCGCCAAUUUGAUUCCGAUCUCGGGAAAGACCAAGAAAACAGACGAACAGAUUCUCUCGUCACACCUACAAUGCCAACUCAACCGCAAACCACAUCGAACACAAAUACCCAACCACCACGCACCACCAUACCCGACCCCUCACACUGCACAUGCGGCUGCCACCACUCCCACCCCCCACCCCCCAAACCGGCCUACGCAAACGCAACAACCCAAACCUCGCCACCGCCCUCCCCCCGCCGCAACCCCAGCCUCAGCAUCGAGCCGACCCCGCCUUACUGGCAAACCCAAUCCGCCUACGCACAACCCGUCUCACACGACGAAUACUACUACGAAGAAGCAGACUACGCCGCGCCCCCCGUGCUCAUGGGCCGCAUGUCAUCGUACUUUAGCAAGCCCGGGUAUCAGCUGGGCGAUAGCUUGUUUAGUGGCUAUCAGCCGAUUAAUUGGGGGGUCCCCGUGACAACGACGACAGAGACGUAUGUGUAUCAGGAUACUUUUGGGGAGGAGGCGUUGAGGUAGGAGAUGUGAUGGGAGGAAGAGGAUUCUUUUUUUUUUCUGAAUACCAAUAUGGAAAGGGGGGGGGAGUUUGACGCAUAUGCGGGGUUGAGUGUGUACGGAGAUGGGGAGGUAAAACUGAUGAAGUCUCUCCGUUGAGAAUGCUGAAAUGUAGAGAGUGUGUAUGUGUGUCGUGUUUAAUAUACAUCAGAAGAAACUCUCGAGGAUUUUUCUUGGGCAGGCUGUAAGACUAUACAACGUUUUGCAUACUAUCCCAACUUACAGACCUCAUGUACUUUUUU